GGGGCUGCACUUUCUUGCGCAACGACACUUGUUCAUCCAGCAUUCUGCACCAUCUACUUUGUCCUGCCACGACGAAGUGUCCUGACGACUCCGAGUGUGAAUUUUGGAAACUCGGGUAUUUGGACUUUAAAUUUCAAUUGACCUAAGCAUACGAACGGCGCGACGCUUUGGCUUGGAUCACCCUUGACAUCCCGCCCUUGGCUCCGAUACCAGCACGAUGCCUGCGAAGUCGAGAUUUACAAGGCUUGAUGCCUUCACAAAGACGGUCGAUGAAGCUAGAGUGCGUACCACCAGCGGUGGUGUCGUAACUAUUGUUUCUCUUAUUGUCGUCGUCUUCUUGAUCUGGGGAGAAUGGGCCGACUACAGAAGAGUGAUCGUCCUACCUGAAUUGGUUGUCGACAAGGGCAGAGGUGAACGCAUGGAUAUUCAUCUCAACAUCAGUUUCCCCAAGAUGCCCUGUGAGCUUCUUACCCUCGAUGUCAUGGAUGUGUCUGGUGAGCAGCAGCACGGCGUCGCCCACGGUGUUCACAAGGUGCGCCUCCGACCGGAAUCCGAAGGUGGCGGUGUUAUCGAAUCGUCUGCCUUGAACCUCCAUGACGACAGUGCUGAGCAUCUCGACCCCUCUUACUGUGGUGAAUGUGGUGGCGCCCCCGCUCCUAGCAACGUUGUGAAGCAGGGAUGCUGUAAUACUUGCGAGGAAAUUAGAGAAGCAUACGCUCAGCAGUCCUGGGCCUUUGGUGAUGGCAGAGCCUUUGAGCAGUGCCAGCGCGAACAUUACGCCGAGAGACUGGAAGAGCAGCGCCACGAGGGCUGCCGCAUUGACGGAACCCUCCAAGUUAACAAGGUUGUCGGAAACUUCCAUCUUGCCCCGGGACGCUCUUUUAGCAAUGGAAACAUGCACGUUCAUGACCUCAAGAACUACUGGGAUGUGCCCGACGGCAAGACGCACGAUUUCAGCCACGUUAUCCACUCGCUGCGAUUUGGCCCCAAGCUUCCCUCCGAUAUCCGCGAUAGGCUGGGCAAGGCCGGCAACCCAUUGGCUUUCCACAACAUGAACCCUCUUGAUGGAGCCAUUCAGAACACCGUUGAUCCUAACUUCAACUUCAUGUACUUUGUUAAGAUUGUCCCCACGUCUUUCUUGCCCUUGGGCUGGAACUCUGUUAGUGGCGGCCGUGGACGCAUCGAAUCUCACCAGUACUCUGUCACUAGCCACAAGCGCAGUCUUGCUGGUGGCGAUGAUGCUGCUGAAGGACACGCUGAGCGCCUUCACUCGCGUGGCGGUAUCCCUGGAGUUUUCUUCUCCUAUGAUAUUUCUCCCAUGAAGGUUAUCAACCGCGAAAGCCAAUCCAAGACCUUCCUAGGCUUCAUUGCCGGUGUUUGCGCUGUGGUUGGUGGUACGUUGACUGUGGCUGCUGCCGUGGACCGUGGUCUUUUCGAAGGCGCCAACAGAAUGAAGAAGAUUCGCUCCAAGGAGCUAUAAGGUUGCGUUGGCCUACUUUGGCCAUGAGCUGCAUGGGAUCUGGCGUUUAUGAGUACGUUUUUUUCUGGAAUAUGUCGACUUGGGCAUGAGGAGCAUUAUGGAGAGCGGGAGAAAAGCAGACUGGUCACUGGUGUUGAUUGACAUAUAUGAAGAGAGUUUUAUACAAUUUUGAUGGCUGAUAUACGGCCUUUUGUUCAUGCUCAACGUUUUAUUCCAUUGUGUAUCGACGAGAGCGAGUUUCCGCGCGUGAGGUACUGUGGGUUAGAUUCCACCAGCUGUUUGGCGCUGCGCUGGAACGAAGACCGCUGCUGUAACGUAACGAGUGAUUGCCCACCGGGAGGGCCAAGCAAAAUGUUUCAGAUGGAAGCUGCCAGUUAAUUUAGCUGUCUCCCUUGGCCAGAAGUCGCAGUUUGGGAGCGGCCCAGGUUUUCAGUGGCUCUGUCGGGCUUUGGGUCCGCCUUUCAACC